GUUUUUAUUGAUGAAAAUGACGAACAUGUUUUCGCUGCGAUCGCAGAGCAUAGUGGCAUCCCAACGAAUGCGUUAAUGUUCGAUCACUUCGAGCUAACCAUCGAUUUAACGAAUAGAAUAUGCGAACAGUUAACCGAGCGGUGUGUGGCUAUAUUCGGUCCGAAACACUAUCCAGCUAAUGUGAUCGCAUCCAGUUACACGAAUCAUUUAAGUGUGCCGCAUUUUCAUAUUGGUCCACGCAGUGCAAUCAGAAUUCCUUCGAGCGAUAUUGACCGGUUCCUGUUUGAAAUCAGAAUUCAGUGUGAAAUCAAAAAUCAGAAUGUAGCUCAUUAUGCUCAUUCAAAAUCAUUGGAAAACAUUAUCAAUUUUUGCAGGUCAGUCGAUCUAUUUCCACCACCUCGAACCAUUUCAGAUGUUCUGUUGGGAGUGGUACAUUAUUAUAAGUGGACAUCGAUGGUACUGCUUUAUGGGCAUCCAUCUGGUAUAUUCGAUACGAUGACAUUAGACCUGUCCGAGGAACGAAUUGCUGAAUGCAAUAUCACUGCUUUUUCUUUUGUGCAUCCGUCCACAGCCACUGAAGCUCUUCGUAAUGCUCUCAUCGAGCAUCAUUUUCCAGUUCCUGCAUCUUCUGUUCAUAUGAAGCUAGCAGUAUGGUCAGAUUCAUUGUUAUUGCUCGCUGAAUCUAUUAAAUCAACAAAUGAACUCAUCUUAAAUAAGGAUGUUUUCUCAUGUGAUAAGAGUUGGCAAUACGGUGCGCAACUUACUGAGCGCAUCAUAAAUAGUUAUUCAAAAGGCAUAACAGGAUCAAUUGCUCUUGACCGGAGCGGGAAACGAGCGAAUUCUAGUAUAAUCGUGAUGAAGCGAAGCAAAAGUGGAUUUGAAGAGUUAGGCCAAUGGCAGAGCGCUAACGCAGAGUUUGUAUUGGCAGUUGCAUCACAAAAUGAAACAAAGAAAAAAGAAUCACUCGAGAAUAAAACACUCAAAAUCACCGUUUACUUGGUAUAUAUUCUCUUUGAUGUUUUUGUAGAAGAGCCAUUCGUUAUGCUUAAAAAGUUGGAAAAGGGUGAGCAAUUAAAUGGUAACGAUCAGUAUGAAGGCUAUUGCAUUGAUUUGCUGCAAAAGAUUGCUGAAAUACGAAAAUUUAAAUACAUUCUUCAUGAGGUUAAAGAUAAAUCGUAUGGAAGCAAAGAGGCAAACGGUAAAUGGAACGGAAUGGUUGGCGAGCUUCAACGUGGUGAUGCGGAUCUUGCGGUUGCUUCACUAACAAUCAGCUAUAGUCGCAGUGAAGUGAUUGAUUUCACCGUACCUUAUAUGCAUCUUGGCAUAUCAAUUCUGUUCAAGAAACCUGAAACAACUGAUCCAAGCUUCUUCGCGUUUAUGUCACCGUUGAGUGUUGAUGUUUGGGUUUCAAUGCUUGCUGCUUAUGUGGUGACUUCAUUAGCAAUUUGGCUUCUUGCGGCAAUAUCACCGUACGAGCGAUUAGACUCGAAUCGUGAUCGUUCGUUGGUUAUUUUACCGAAACAGUUCACAUUUUUGAACUCAUUUUGGUUUACGGUCAGUUCUCUCAUGCAACAGAGUCGUAUUACGGUUAAUAGCCAUCUCUCAUUGCAGGGCAGUGAUUUAUCGCCACGGGCGGCAAGUACGCGAAUCGCAGCUGUAAUUUGGUGGUUUUUUACGUUGAUUAUAAUUUCAUCAUACACAGCUAAUCUGGCUGCAUUCCUGACCGCACAACGGAUGGUUUCCCCAAUCGAAAGUGCUGAUGAUCUUGCGAAGCAAACCAAAAUCAAAUAUGGCACUCUUGGACGAGGAUCAACCAUGAUUUUCUUCAGUGUUCUUUUUACUGAAUCGAAAAUCGACACAUAUGAAAGAAUGUGGAAAUUAAUGUCGAGUCAACCAAAUCUUCUCGUGAAUUCAUCAAAAGAAGGUAUAUGGAGAGUGAAAACAUCAGAUUAUGCAUAUCUGAUGGAAUCGUCGAUGCUUGAAUAUGCAGUUGAACGAGAUUGCGAUUUGGUGCAAAUUGGUGGAUUAAUCGAUCAAAAAGGUUAUGGAAUAGGUUUACCGAAAGGUUCUCCAUAUCGAGAAUUGAUAUCAACAACGAUUCUGCAAUUACAAGAGAAAACUGUGUUGACUGAAAUGAAAGAUCGUUGGUGGAAGAGGAAAAGAGGUGGUGGAUACUGCGAUGCAUCGACAACAAUUGGCACCGAUCUCGGGACAGUCUCACUCUACGGCAUUUUCAUAAUCCUCGUUCGUUAUACGCAUUUCUUUCAUUUGGAAAAGCUCAUCGGACAAGUGCACGUCCCUGAAUGA